AUGUUUCAAUUAAAAUUACAAGUUUUGAAUUCAAGUAUUUCUUAUACCUCUCCGUGUAUUGACCCUCCACCCGUAGCUCUGACCUCUCCAUGUAUUGACCCUCCACCUGUAGCACUGACCUCUCCAUGUAUUGACCCUCCACCUGUAGCACUGACCUCUCCAUGUAUUGACCCUCUACCUGUAGCUCUGACCUCUCCAUGUAUUGACCCUCCACCCGUAGCAUUGACCUCUCCAUGUAUUGACCCUCUACCUGUAGCUCUGACCUCUCCAUGUAUUGACCCUCCACCCGUAGCAUUGACCUCUCCAUGUAUUGACCCUCUACCUAUAGCAUUGACCUCUCCAUGUAUUGACCCUCUACCUGUAGCUCUGACCUCUCCAUGUAUUGACCCUCCACCUGUAGCUCUGACCUCUCCAUGUAUUGACCCUCCACCUGUAGCUCUGACCUCUCCAUGUAUUGACCCUCCACCCGUAGCUCUGACCUCUCCAUGUAUUGUCCCUCCACCCGUAGCUCUGACCUCUCCAUGUAUUGACCCUCCACCCGUAGCACUGACCUCUCCAUGUAUUGACCCUCCACCUGUAGCUCUGACCUCUCCAUGUAUUGACCCUCCACCCGUAGCAAUGACCUCUCCAUGUAUUGACCCUCCACCCGUAGCACUGACCUCUCCAUGUAUUGACCCUCUACCUGUAGCUCUGACCUCUCCAUGUAUUGAGCCUCCACCUGUAGCACUGACCUCUCCAUGUAUUGACCCUCCACCUGUAGCUCUGACCUCUCCAUGUAUUGACCCUCCACCUGUAGCUCUGACCUCUCCAUGUAUUGACCCUCCACCCGUAGCACUGACCUCUCCAUGUAUUGACCCUCCACCUGUAGCUCUGACCUCUCCAUGUAUUGACCCUCCACCCGUAGCACUGACCUCUCCAUGUAUUGACCCUCCACCUGUAGCUCUGACCUCUCCAUGUAUUGACCCUCCACCUGUAGCACUGACCUCUCCAUGUAUUGACCCUCCACUCGUAGCACUGACCUCUCCAUGUAUUGACCCUCCACCCGUAGCACUGACCUCUCCAUGUAUUGACCCUCCACCCGUAGCACUGACCUCUCCAUGUAUUGACCCUCCACCCGUAGCACUGACCUCUCCAUGUAUUGACCCUCCACCCGUAGCACUGACCUCUCCAUGUAUUGACCCUCCACCCGUAGCACUGACCUCUCCAUGUAUUGACCCUCCACCCGUAGCACUGACCUCUCCAUGUAUUGACCCUCUACCCGUAGCACUGACCUCUCCAUGUAUUGACCCUCCAACCGUAGCACUGACCUCUCCAUGUAUUGACCCUCCACCCGUAGCUCUGACCUCUCCAUGUAUUGACCCUCCACCCGUAGCUCUGACCUCUCCAUGUAUUGACCCUCCACCCGUAACUCUGACCUCUCCAUGUAUUGACCCUCCACCCGUAACUCUGACCUCUCCAUGUAUUGACCCUCCAACCGUAGCUCUGACCUCUCCAUGUAUUGACCCUCCAACCAUAGCUCUGACCUCUCCAUGUAUUGACCCUCUACCCGUAGCACUGACCUCUCCAUGUAUUGACCCUCCAACCGUAGCUCUGACCUCUCCAUGUAUUGACCCUCCAACCGUAGCUCUGACCUCUCCAUGUAUUGACCCUCCAACCGUAGCUCUGACCUCUCCAUGUAUUGACCCUCCACCCGUAACUCUGACCUCUCCAUGUAUUGACCCUCCACCCGUAACUCUGACCUCUCCAUGUAUUGACCCUCCACCCGUAGCUCUGACCUCUCCAUGUAUUGACCCUCCACCCGUAGCACUGACCUCUCCAUGUAUUGACCGACCCGUGGCACUGACCUUCCUGUAA